GGCGCGUCGCGUUUAUCUCGUUGCAUAGAUUUCAAGUUCGCUAUCUUACGCGGGUGAAAAGAAAAAAAAAGCGAUUGAUGAACCGAGUCCGCUGUGCUCUCGCGACUGCUGUUUGAUAAUUUUGUCAAACAGCUUCGCCAAAGUCCCGGUUCACGGAGUCCCUUUAAUCUCGCGUAACUCCCGGAGUAAUUCCCUUCCUGUGAAACGCGUUUUUUUGUUUCUCGUUAAUCGCGUUAAUCGCUCCGAUAUUGAAUAUGCAGUAGUCGAACUCCAGUUUAGUGGAAAUCGUUGUUGAAAUUCCGUGAGCUCCAAGCAAUCGUAAAUAACGAGGAUUAACCUCCGGCAUGUCGGCGUCCGAAACGGCGGUGAUUUUUGCGAAGCUGGAAGCUCUAAAAGACAUUAGGUCAAAGACCCUUCAAUUGGAGAAACUGAAACAGAGAAUAUUGCAAGAGGUGGAACAGACCGAACAGGAGGAGAAAUGUUUAUUAGAAUACAAGCAGGAGAUGGACUUGCUGAUGCAAGAGAAAAUGGCACAUGUAGAGGAAUUACGUCAGAUACAUGCAGACAUCAAUGCGAUGGAAUCAGUGAUCAAGCAAGCAGAAGAAGCACGUAACAGGGCGAGGGAAACUGCUAAACUAAUUCAUAACAAUGAUUAUCAACCACUGAAACACGACAUUGAUCGUAUGCGCAGGGAAUUCUUGGGUUUGGAGAGGUUACCAGAGUUGUACGAGACUGAGUCAGAUCUUAUCUCCCCUGAACGGUUUGUUCAUAGUUACUUUGAACGUCCAAUGCAAAAAGCGGAAUGGAGAGUAGAAGUACGAGGUGAUGACUUGUUACCACCACUUGGACUACACCAUCCUGGGCAUCCAGGUGGUUCUACACCUUUCCUAGCUCCGCAACCCCUUCAAGGGCCGAGUAAACCAGAGCCUAGACCAUUACCGCCAGCCCCAGGGCCGCCUGCUCCAACAUUCAGGUACCACUGGCAACAACCGCCGCCUAUGAAGUCUUGCCUUUCGUGCCAUCAACAAAUUCAUAGGAAUGCACCAAUUUGCCCACUUUGCAAAGCAAAAUCGCGAUCGCGUAAUCCUAAGAAACCAAAGAAGAAAGAUUAAUUAUAAUUCUAUGACUAUUUGUAUGAAUAAUCCGCAUUUCUACAAUUCAUGUUAAGAAAAGACAUGUAUUAAUCAUUUUUAUAAUCCAUAGUAACCAUGCACUCUUAUCGUAUCAUUAGAAUUUAUAAGUGAUAGC